CUGAAUGGCCCUCCUUUUUUGUUUUUUUGGGGUGCUCGAUCCCAUGUGUCAACACCCACCCAACUUUAGGGAACAACAUGACCUUAGGAACCAUAGCAUCUAUCAACCUGUCAGGAUGGCUAUUGGAUGGUCAAGUACCAUGGCAUCUAUCAACCUGUCAGGUGGUGGUAGACCAUGUCCUCCAUGUCCGUUCGCACAUCGGCCACCUGAUGCUUCGACCGACCGAAACCGCAUGGCCACCUGAUGGCUCUCUGCAUUGGGAUUCCUUAUUUGAGUGAGCUUCGCUCUCCCAAGCCCCGUGAGUGCUUGGGUGAAGCAGGAUCGAGACUUGGAUCGCUGGUCGAACCUUCACAGCCAUGGCUCAAGGUUUUUAAGUCCAAGCCCUUUGGAGCUGAGUUUGUCAGUUUCAUGUCCAUGGCCCUUUCAUGGUUGUUCAUCUGCCUUGCUUUGACGCUGGCGGAGGCCAUCGUGAGCGAAUCACCUCAAGAUGAAUCUCUGCAGUCAGCUGCCCCACGCUUGCUCCUCUUCUGGCCGGUGGAUGGGUCGAAAAGGACCGUGGCGCUGGUGAAGAAGAACGUGAGGUAUGUGAAGUCCUCGUUGGGCAGGAACUGCUGCAAAGUCUUCCUGGCCCACUACAAAGGAGACGCGGCGCCCUUCGGCGCGGCUUGGUAUCGGCGGAACGUGGUGGGAAACCUCAGUGCUUCAGGUUACAAAUUCAGAUUUAUGCAAGAAGCAUAUGCCCAGUCUGAGUUGCAGGAGCCCUGGUCCAGCAGCUACGACUAUGUCUGGGGCUUGGAUAGUGAUGUGGACCUCACAGGGACCAAUUUGACGCGGCUCUUCGAGUUGACGAGGGCCUCGAAGGCCUUGAUCGUUGGCCCCACCUUCAUCGGCUCAGGUGUGAAUCAGAAGCACCCUGGUGGUGACUUGAAGAAGGGCAAGAGGAAGAUGCGGCAGGUGAAACGCAAGCGUCGCCCGCCGGCGCAGCGGAGCGUGGAGGUCUCUCCGGGUGGUGCGGAAGUGGCCGCUGAUGCGCACAUGGAUGAUCCUCCGGAGCUGGGUACCUUCAUCGAGGGCGAGAGGAACGAUGGAGCUUUGAGCGACGUGGCCAGCUCGCGCGCCGCGCGCGCCGGCAUUUGGCGCUUCGAACGGCCGGAUCCACGCUGCGACUAUCGCCACACGGACUUCGUGGAGCUCACCGCGCCGCUGCUGAGCAUGGCCGCCCUGCCGUUGAUCUUCAACGAGUGUAGCAGUUGCAUCCAUGAGAAGUCAGAUUGGGGGCUGGAUAUGGUCUGGUGCAACUUCUUAGCCUCCAAGACUGGUGCCUAUAGUUGCGCUUUGUUGGAUGCCACGCCGGUGAAUCACCUCAAUUGGAAGCAGGCCAUGCCCUCGAAGCUCUUCUACGACGCCAAUCGCGAAGUCCAUCGGAAGUAUCGCCGCUUCUGGGCGCACAUGAAGACGUUGAGUUGCGUCGCAGAUCCGGAGAGAACGACCAUCUCUGCCGAGGGCCUGGCGCCGAGCACGAGGCACCUGGUGCGGAAGGAGCCCAGCCAUUGAUCUUCCACUUCGUCUCGACGUCCAGACGAUCCGGACGGUGGAGAGGGAUCCGGACUUAGGAAGACUGAGAAGACAUGAGGGGUCUUGCGGGGUGAGCUGGUUGAAAGCAAGCGAUUGAUGAUCGA